GAAACAAAAAUUGUGAGCAGAUAUAUAUGGUGUGCAGAUAGAGAAUGCAACAAAAUCAGUCAGUACAGUUAGAUGGUUUAUGCUACACAUUCCAUUAACAGGUUCCUGUCAUUGUAUUAUCACUUGUACAUAUUGUCCAAUUAAAUCCAGAAAGAUGAAGAAAAGUUUUAAUCCAAUAACACAGGCAAUAAUACAUCUUCAUGAAACAACCAAUCCAUCUUCAUUACAAGCUCAGUGUCGUAGGUCUGUCUUACAAUCAGUCACAUUAAAACGUCUUAAUGAGGCUUUAACUAAGUUACCACUACCUAAUAGAAUAGCUGCCAAAGUUAGCACAAUGCAUCUGAAUGAUUUUGUUAUUGAUCCAGAUAUGUUAAAUGGUGAAAAUCAUUUAACUCACACCUAUCCAGCUACUUGUCUUGUUGUUGAUUCUGAUGUUAUUCUUAAAGUUCAACCGAAAGGUUGUUCAAUAGACGUAAGUCAUCCAAGUUAUCUAACUAUGUUUGAGGAAGGUGAUACACAGUUUAUAAUCUAUGCUAAAACCGAGACUCUACAAGAUGUUAUAUUACGGUGUAAAGCUGAUAACACCACAUUUCAAGAAGAUUUUAUAUGGAAAGUUUUAGGAGCUAUUUGUGAUCAUGUGCUUACUAAAAACCCUUCACCAACAGGUCACCUUACGACCUCUAAUGUCCAUUUCACAGAUACUGGUGGCAUAUUUAUUGAGAUCAAUGAUCAAGAAGAUGAUCAGGAGGUUACUAAUGUAGAUAUGGGAGCAGCUGCAGCUGUCUAUGACGCACCCGAAGUCAUCACAAGAAAUGAUCCAGAUGAGAAAGCAUUCAGCUGGUCAAUUGGAUGUAUUAUUUAUGAGUUAUUGGCUUUAGAUCCAGCUUUCUAUGAUCGCGAAGGUUUCAACCCUUUUGCUGUUAUCAUGAGUAUUAUGGAAGGGGAGAUGCCCCCUCCUCCACCAGUUAAUAGUUUUCCAUACAUCACAGAUCUCAUGUGGCAGUGCUUAAAAACAGAACCAGUUGAUAGACCUUCGGUUCAAAAUAUUCAUGCCGAGGCUGAAGAAUUCAACAAUCGUUAACUGUUAUUGUUUUGUUUUUUACUCGCAUUGUUGUUGUUGAUUUAUUACAAUGUUAAUUUUAAACAA